AUAAUUUGUGGUCUAUAACUUACACAAACGAAUGAACACUAAAAAAUUAACAGUGAUACAGAAGGAAUAUUAUUUAAUUGUUCUUCAAAAAACCGAGAGCCACUGGAAUACCAGUAACCUGAAGUUCAGACACGAAUUUUAUCAUUAUUUUAUAUGAAAGUCUGUGAGACGUUUCACUAUAUAUGUAGCUAGUUACAAUACUAAACCAAGGGGAUGUGGUAUUUUUCCAUUUCUUCUGAGAAAAUGGAUAAAAUCGAUAUUUUUUGGAAGUUAUUUAUGCGUGAUGCUAUACGUAGAAGGCGUUGUCCCUAUUAACCAAUCAGAACACAGAUGUAGAAAACACCCCUGCGCAGGAUAAUACUGGCAUAGAAAAAGUAGUUCCUAUAAGUACGGUGAUCAGGAAGAUUUGCCUCUCAUAAAUUUGGGGUGUCAUGGCAUAACGGAGUCAUUAUUCUUACCUGUGAAAUAAUGGUUCAUAAGUUUUAAGGAUUGGUAAUUAUUUGUGGUGCCACGUAUUCCUGCGCCAGGUCACUUUUCAGUAGUGCUACAAGAGGUCAGCUUUGUCAAAUUGCGCCGGUGUUCAGAGAUAACGAUUUUGUGUGAUGGACUUUAUUUGACGUGUUAAAAAUAGUUCAGCCAUGUAUACUUUAGCCAAAUUCGUUAGACAGUGUGGUUAUAUUAAACCCAACUUUGCCAGUCGGAUUGUUGAGGAAUCGUUAGGUGGCUUUACAAGGCCAUAUCAGAGCAUCGCAUCUCAGGUUCUGUAUGGAAAAUGGAAUGAUUUACCAAAGAAAGUCCAGCAUUAUGUGCAAGACAACGUCAAGUUGUGUAAACCAGACACGAUCCACAUCUGCGAUGGGUCGGACAGAGAGAAUGAAAUGUUGUUGUACAUUUUGCAGAGAGAUGGCAUGAUCAAACCUCUGCCAAAGAUGGACAACUGCUGGUUGGCUAGAACUGAUCCAAAGGAUGUGGCCCGAGUAGAGAGUCGAACCUUCAUCUCCACGGAAAACAUGCGGGAUACCAUUCCUGUGGUCAAGAAUAGUAUCACUGGCACCCUGGGAAACUGGAUGUCCCCCGAUGACCUAGACACAGAGCUCAACAUGCGGUUCCCAGGCUGUAUGAAGGGCAGGACUAUGUUUGUGAUCCCGUUCAGUAUGGGACCCGUGGGGUCAGCUCUCUCUAAGAUUGGCAUCGAGCUCACGGAUUCAGCGUAUGUGGCGGCAAGCAUGAGGAUCAUGACAAGGGUCGGAAAGAAAGUGUUAAAAACCCUUGGAAAUGGAGACUUUGUCAAGUGUCUGCAUUCUGUGGGAGCACCAUAUCCUCUGAAAGAGCCCAUGGUCAGUAACUGGCCCUGCAAUCCUAAGGAAACCAUCAUUGCACAUUUACCGGAGAGGAACGAGAUCUGCUCCUAUGGAAGCGGAUACGGGGGUAACUCACUACUGGGCAAAAAAUGCUUCGCCCUCCGACUUGGUUCAAUACUUGGUAGGAGAGAGGGCUGGCUUGCAGAACAUAUGCUGAUCUUGGGAAUUGAAAACUCCAAAGGAGAGAAGAAGUACUUUGCAGCUGCUUUCCCAAGUGCAUGUGGAAAAACCAAUUUGGCAAUGAUGAAAUCUGCUUUACCAGACUACAAAAUUACCUGUGUUGGUGAUGAUAUUGCUUGGAUGAGGUUCGAUAAGGAUGGAAAACUCAGGGCCAUAAACCCAGAAGCUGGAUUCUUUGGAGUGGCUCCAGGAACCUCAAUGAAGACCAAUCCUAUGGCCAUGGAAACUAUUUCCAGAAACACUAUCUUCACCAACGUCGCCGAGACCUCAGACGGUGGUGUUUUCUGGGAGGGGCUGGAGGGAGAAGUCUCCAGAACGACCAAGAUAAAGUCCUGGCUGGGAGUGGAGGACUGGCAUGCAGAACAGGGCAAACCCGCCGCCCACCCCAACUCAAGGUUCUGUACACCAGCAGCCCAGUGCCCUAUUAUGGACGAGAGAUGGCAGGAUCCAGAGGGUGUUCCCAUUGAGGCUAUCAUCUUUGGUGGCCGCAGACCUGAAGGAGUUCCUCUGGUGUAUGAAGCCUUUAACUGGCAGCAUGGUGUAUAUAUUGGAGCCUCUAUGAGGUCUGAAGCAACUGCAGCAGCUGAGCACAAAAGCAAAGUUAUCAUGCAUGAUCCAUUUGCAAUGCGUCCAUUCUUUGGAUACAACUUUGGGCAUUAUUUGGAACACUGGUUAAGCUUUCAACAGAAACAAGAUCUGGAUCUUCCUAAGAUCUACCAUGUCAACUGGUUCAGAAAGGACAAAAACGGCCGCUUCAUGUGGCCAGGAUUUGGGGAGAACUCCCGGGUCUUGGACUGGAUAUUCCGACGUGUUAAUGGAGAAGACUGUGCUGUCCAGUCAGCCAUCGGAAAUCUUCCCAGGAAAGGAUCGCUGAAUCUGGAAGGUCUGCAGGAGGAUGUUGAUAUGGAUGCCUUGUUCAGUAUUCCCAAAGAGUACUGGCAGAAGGAGGUCAAGGACAUUGGCAAAUACUUUGAUGAGCAGGUUCAUGAAGAUCUCCCUCCAGAAAUAAUGAAAGAACUGAGAAGCCUGGAGGCUCGCGUCAACUCCAUGUAAACAGCAGUCUCUUCCGUUACUCCGAUAUGUAGACUGCUCGGAAACAUGCUGACACUCCGUGUGACAUUUUAUGUUUCUGCAUUUGUACUUACUUUGUAUUUCAGAUUUUUAGUCACAUCUCAUUAUUUUAUAUUAUGUACAAGCGAGGGAGUUUUCAUUAUGUAAACAUUUUUAUUUUUUGUUACAUGCUUUAGAUUUGGUGAUAAUAUAAUUUUAUGUAUUACAGACUAUGUAUUUAAGAGAGAGAGAGGUGUUUACGACUACUGCGGUGCAAUAAAACCCGGAAUUUUUAAUGUGACUCGUGUAUGCAUCAUGUGGUUCAUGUAUUUGAUCUCAGGAGUUCUGUCCCCUUGGUUGUGUUUGAUGCCAUCAUUUUGGACACAAAAGCUUCUUAAUGGUGGCAAGAACGAAGCAAAACUCACCCCAUAAUAUAAACCAUUCCAUGCUCAUCUGACAACCAAAGACUUCUUAUUGUGUGAAUGAUUUGAACAGAGUAUUUUGAUGUUUAAAGAUUUGAUUACAUAUUUCUGUGAUAACACUUCUGUAAUUUGUAAUAUUGUAAUGUCUGUUACUGGUAUGAGUCUCACUGCCUUUGGCAUAAUACAUGUAUUUGUGCAUAUUCUUGUCAAACAGCUGAUGCACUGUAUAUUACAGGCAAUAUUUUGAUGGACUAGAUUGUCCAAGAUAGGGGAUAUACCUCUUAAAGGAAUAUAAAUUUUUUAUGCAAAAACAGAAAA